AGUCUGUCAAUGCGCUCCGAGCGUUCGGCAAGUCAAACGAGUGGGAAUUUGAACUAGUGAGACGGGGGAGAUAGGCUAUCGAAUGGAAAACAUUGACGGAGAAGGGAAGCUAUCUAUAUUCCAGAUGACUCGCCACGCCAGAACGGCUAGUCUAUAACAUAAGGAUAUAGCCUAUGUUAAACGUCUAUUUAUUAUUCCAAGUUUUAUUUUCUUCAUAUUCCUCUGGUUAGUUGAAAGUUGAAUAGGCUGGAGAUGUUCUAGUCUUCAGUUCUCGUUCUAGUCAAGUGUUUUUAUUUGUUCUGUGAUAAGUUGGUUCUUGGAUGUCAACAUUAACCGAGGUUUAUUCGCCAGUCGCAUUUACAAAUCAUUUGGGAUAGGAUCUCGGAUGUACUAAUUGGAAGAGAACAAGGAGUGAGCGGGGACCAGACCGCGCAAUGACAAAUCCACCGAGCAGCAAGCAUCAACGCGUCCUUAUGGGGAUGGAGCUUCUGUUCUAAACGGGAGAAAAUCAUCUUCCAUUUUUAAACACAACAUUAGCGCUUCUAUCUCGAUUUAAAAAAAAUAAAGUACCCUUUCCAUAUUGCUGGAAAAUCCGUUUAAAAAAAGAAGGAAUGGGAGAGAAGCCGAACAGAAUCGGCGCAGACAACAAGGGAACAUUGUUUGGGAAAAACAAUUAUAGCUUAGACCAACACGCAACAUAAAUACCACUAGAAAUCCUUUAACGGGAUUUAUUUUUGAGUAAGAAGGGGAGUUGUGCACGGGCCAGUGGACAUCGCAUUGAGGAGAAAAAAUAGGGACUAAUGACAAAAUAAUCAGAAAGUCAUGGGAUUUGCAUAGUAUUUCUCCUGGACACGCACAGAAAAUAUUCUCGAUUUACGCAGGACGCAGCCUAUAUUGUCGUCCAGCUGUCACGGAUAGAGCAACUUUUAUCUGUCAUAGUUCAGUGUCAAUUACGCAUUUUCUCUUCUAUUUUCGGUUUAUAUCCAUGCGGUUGCCCAAGGCACGAUAUCUCAUAUUCACGCAUUGAGUGACUCACCUAUAGCCUUCACGGCUAUAGUCUUUGUUUUGAAAGUCCCCAUCUCCAACCUCAUAGAAAAUAUCACAUGUAUUUUGAAAUGGGGGUAAAUAAUCGGGUUAGUGUGGUUGCAAUGGCGCGUCUGAGAAGUGGGAGUAGACUGAGUUUUCUGCUGAUAAUCUUAAUGGAUUUACUGGGGACGGCGGCGAGCAACAUGGAGCCUAUCUACUGGAAUUCAUUGAACAAAAGGUUUUUGGACGAUAAGGGCUACGUCCUCUACCCUCAGAUCGGGGACCGCCUGGACCUCAUCUGUCCGUCGUCUGACCCGCCCAGCCAGCGGGCCCCCGCCGAGUAUGAGUUCUACAAGCUAUAUCUGGUGUCGUCACGUGACCAAGCGGACAGGUGUGAGGUGACGGGCGCGCCCAACCUGCUGCUCACCUGUGACAAGCCCAACAAUGACAUGAGGUUCACCAUCAAGUUCCAGGAGUACUCUCCUAACCUGUGGGGACAUGAGUUCAAGACCAACGCUGACUACUACAUCAUCGCCACGUCAGAUGGGACGCGCCAGGGUCUGGAGAGUAUGAGGGGAGGAGUGUGUGCCACGCAGGGCAUGAAAGUGGUCCUUAAAGUGGGACAGAACCCCUAUGGACUGCCCCCGAAACCUGCAAAACCAGACCAAAGCGCGGGCCGCACCAACACCAGAAAUACAGGUGGUACUGGUAACACCACUCAUCCCAGGAUUCCUAGCGGUGACGGCGGUGGUUCGGGAGGCACGGGUGGUGAGAACGGACCCCUUCCCCCCUCCAACGUGGCUGUCAUCGCCGGCGCCGCAGGAGGCUCCGCCUUUCUCCUCCUGGUCACCGCGGUCAUCUGCGUGGUGUGUUACCGGCGGCGACACGCCAAGCACUCGGAGUCCCACCACCCACCCCUGUCGCUGUCCUCCCUCACCAGCCCCAAGAGGCACGGCGGUGGGCACGGGGGCGGCCACGGGAGCGGGAAUAACAACGGCUCGGAACCCAGUGACAUCAUCAUCCCCCUGCGGACUUCGGACUCGGCGUACUGCCCUCACUAUGAGAAGGUGAGCGGGGACUACGGCCACCCCGUCUACAUCGUCCAGGAGAUGCCCCCCCAGAGCCCAGCCAACAUCUACUAUAAAGUAUGAAGGUCGUCACCAUGACAACCUACAGUACCACCAACUACCACCCUUCCCUGUUCUAUACAGUACAGUACCACCUACAACCUACCUACAAUAUACCCUGUUCUAUACAGUACAGUACCACCUACAACCUACCUACAAUAUACCCUGUUCUAUACAGUACAGUACCACCUACAACCUACCUACAACAUACCCUGUUCUAUACAGUACAGUACCACCUACAAC